AUGGCCAAAACCAGGAUUCUAGUCGUUGGCACUGGCGGAAUCGGCACAAUGGCCGCAUAUGCUUUGGAGCAAGGUGGCUUGGCUGAAGUCACUGCAGUUAUGCGUUCAAAUCACGACGCUGCCGUGGCAAAUGGAAUCGACAUUGACUCUGUUCAAUGGGGCCAAAUCAAGGCAUGGAAACCAUCAUUUAUUACUCGAACGGUUCCGGAUGUUUCUAAAGGCGAAGCUGAGCCCUUCGACUAUAUUCUUGUAACGACCAAAAAUAUUCCAGAUGUGCCUCCCACUGUGGCAGAUAUCAUCUCCCCAGCUGUGACACCAGGGCAAACAGCUAUUGUCCUGUCGCAAAAUGGCAUCAAUAUCGAGAAACCUCUUAUGGCCCGUUUCCCGAAAAAUCCACUUAUUAGCAGUGUUGCUUAUACGGGCGCAACGGAGACUGCCCUUGCUAAAAUCUACAACGACGAUCCUGAUUGUCAGAAGAUUGGUGCCUUUGUGAACCCAGAGGUUCCAAUCGAGGUAGCUGAAGAGGCAGCUAAGUUUUAUGUUGACAUCUACAACCCGCAUGGCAAACUUGAUGUUAUCUAUGAGCCUGACGUCCCAAAGGUCCGAUGGCGUAAGAUUGCAUACAAUGGCUCAAUGAACCCCAUUGCCUCUAUUCUCCAGAUGGACACGCCGCGGAUGCGAAUGAGCCAGCACAUCAUUGACGACUUAAUCUUACCUAUGAUGAUGGAAAUUCAGGCCAUUGCUGCGGCUGAUGGGGUGAUUCUUCAGUCUGAUCUCGUCGAUGCAGUUAUGCACCAAGAUCCGAAUGACACAGCGUUUAAGCCAAGUAUGUGCCAGGACUAUGAGAAAGGGAACUUGAUGGAGAUUGAAAAUCUUGUUGGGGAGCCGCUGCGCGAAGCAGAGAGACUUAAUGUCCCGGCGCCUACAUUGAAGAUCAUAUAUGGUAUCAUGAAAGGAUUGCAACUAAAGACCAAAGAGGCAAAGGGCCUUUGGGAGCCAAAGUUCCAUCCUAGAAACCCAUAUACUUAA